AUGGCAGUUCCAAAAAAACGUACUUCUACAUCAAAAAAGCGUAUUCGAAAAAAUGUUUGGAAAAAGAAAGGAUAUUGGGCGGCGUUGAAAGCUUUUUCAUUAGCGAAAUCUCUUUCUACGGGUAAUUCAAAAAGUUUUUUUGUACAACAAAUAAAUUUGGAGUAA